CCCAAAGCUGCUGUGUAAUUGUUCAGUUUGGCUGCCGAAGCAGCUCAAUCUCUUUUUGUGAGGAGCGGUUUAUUCUGAUUAAAUAUGCCGGAUUACUUGGGAGACGACCAAAGGAAGACAAAGGAAGAGGAAAAGGAUGACUUGCCUAUCAGAGCUUUGGAUGAAGGGGACAUCGCGCUGCUGAAAACCUAUGGUCAAAGCACCUAUUCUAGACAGAUCAAACAAGUGGAGGAUGACAUCCAGCAGCUGCUCAAAAAGAUCAACGAGCUGACAGGCAUUAAGGAGUCAGACACUGGCCUGGCCCCACCAGCACUCUGGGAUCUGGCUGCUGACAAACAGACUCUGCAGAGUGAACAACCGCUGCAGGUGGCAAGAUGCACAAAGAUCAUCAAUGCAGACUCAGAGGACCCAAAGUACAUUAUCAAUGUCAAACAGUUUGCCAAGUUUGUGGUGGACUUGAGCGACCAGGUGGCUCCAACUGACAUUGAGGAGGGCAUGAGAGUUGGUGUUGACAGAAACAAGUAUCAGAUCCAUAUUCCUCUGCCUCCCAAGAUUGACCCCACUGUCACCAUGAUGCAGGUGGAGGAGAAGCCUGAUGUGACCUACAGUGAUGUUGGUGGAUGUAAGGAGCAGAUUGAGAAGCUGAGAGAAGUGGUCGAAACCCCUCUGCUGCACCCCGAGAGGUUCGUCAAUCUGGGUAUCGAGCCUCCCAAAGGUGUGCUGCUGUUUGGGCCCCCUGGCACAGGAAAGACCCUGUGUGCCCGUGCUGUGGCCAACAGGACAGACGCCUGCUUUAUCAGAGUCAUUGGCUCUGAGCUGGUGCAGAAGUAUGUGGGAGAGGGAGCCAGGAUGGUGCGUGAGCUCUUUGAGAUGGCCCGGACUAAGAAGGCCUGUCUGAUCUUCUUUGAUGAAAUCGAUGCCAUUGGAGGUGCUCGUUUUGACGACGGUGCCGGAGGAGACAAUGAGGUUCAGAGGACCAUGCUGGAGCUCAUCAACCAACUGGACGGCUUCGACCCCCGUGGCAACAUUAAAGUUCUGAUGGCCACCAACAGACCUGACACACUGGACCCGGCCCUGAUGAGACCUGGACGUCUGGACAGGAAGAUCGAGUUCAGCCUGCCUGACCUAGAGGGUCGCACACACAUCUUCAAGAUCCAUGCACGUUCUAUGAGCGUGGAGAGAGACAUUCGCUUUGAGCUGCUGGCUCGCCUCUGUCCCAACAGCACUGGCGCCGAGAUCCGCAGUGUGUGCACAGAGGCAGGCAUGUUCGCCAUCAGAGCCCGCAGGAAGAUCGCCACAGAGAAAGACUUCCUGGAGGCUGUUAACAAAGUCAUCAAGUCCUACGCCAAGUUCAGCGCCACCCCCAGAUACAUGACCUACAACUGAGUGUGUGAAUUAAUGUGUGUGUGUGAGAGAGUUUCCUCUUUGGCUUUUUCCUGUAAAAGAAGCUACAAAAACACAUAAAAAUAUUGUCUUCUUUUGUCAUUUGUUCACUUAAAAAAUAAAGUUUAUUCCAGA